ACCGGAGCGGGGCGAGCGGAGCGAUCGCGGCGGGGCCGGAGCGGGGCCGGAGCAGCGAUGGGGCCGCGGCCGCUGGGGACCCUCCUGCUGCUGGGGACCCUUCUGGGGGUCACUGGCAGCGCCCGUGGCUGGGCCGACGCCUUCCCCGAGGACACGGUGGCCGAUCACGUUGGGGACACGCAGGGACGGCGCUACUACCGGCACCUGUCAGAUGACGAGGACCUGGUGGCCUCCGGAGAUGGCAGCGGGGAGGAUGGCAGUGGUGUCCCCUGGCCACCGGCAGUCGUGACCCCGGCUCCCGGCAGCGGGCUGGCACCCACUGUUUAUUUCCGGGCGCUGGUGAACUUCACCCACAGCAUCGACUACAGCUCGCGGCUGGAGGACCCCGAUUCUGAGGAAUUUCGGGAGAUUUCUGAGGCCGUGGUGGAUACGCUGGAGUCAGAAUAUUACAAAGUGCCAGGGGACCAAGUGGUCAAUGUCGUCUUCAUCAAGCAGCUGGACGGGGAUGUGUUCGUGGAGCUGGACGUGGGCUCGGAGGGGAACGCGGAUGAGGAGCAGCUCGGGGGGGUCCUGCGGGACCUGCUGGCCGGYGGCUCCAUCGCCUCCUACCUCACCUCCCCCCACGGCUUCCAGUUCCGCCGCCUGGGAGCYGUGAUCCCCCAGCCGCGCCCCUGCACUGUGGGGGAGUUUUCCUGUGCCAGCGGGGAGUGCGUGGCCAUGGAAUAUCGCUGCGACCGCCGGCCCGACUGCCGCGAUGCCUCCGACGAGGAGGGAUGUGAGGCCCCGCCGCGGCUGCCCCCCAGCACCGCCCGCCCUGGCACCGUGCGCCCGCUGAGCACCGUCCCUGCGGGCACCACCCCGUCACCCCACCGGCACGGCUUCACCCCGCGCCCCCCGAGACCAGGGGCCAGGGGGUGCCAGGGGGGCGAGGCUGCCUGCAGGGACGGGCGCUGCAUCCCCCGCGAUUACCUGUGCGACGGAGAGCGCGACUGCGCCGACGGCUCCGACGAGGAUGCCUGCGGCACCCCGUCCCCCUGCGAGCCCAAUGAGUUCAAGUGUGACAAUGGGCACUGUGCCCUCAAGCUCUGGCGCUGCGACGGCGAGAACGACUGCGGCGAYGGCUCUGACGAGAGCGACUGCCCCACCAAGGCGCCCGGCGCGGCGUGYGGACCAGCAGAGUUCCGGUGUGUGUCCAGCGGGACCUGCAUCCGUGCCAGCUACCAGUGCGACAGGGAGCCCGACUGUCCYGACCGCAGCGACGAGGUUGGAUGUGUGCCCCCACAGGUGGUGACGCUGCCGCGGGAGUCGGUGCGGGCAGUGCCAGGCCAGACCGUCACCUUCACUUGUGUAGCCACUGGUGUCCCCACCCCCAUCGUUACUUGGCGCCUCAACUGGGGACACACCCCCAGCAGCCACAGGGUGUCGAUUGUGAGCGAGGCUGGGCAGGGCACCCUGACCAUCCGGGACGUGAAAGAAGCUGAUCAAGGCGCCUACACCUGCGAGGCCAUCAACACCCUGGGCAUGGUGUUCGGCAUCCCUGAUAGUAUCCUCACCGUCACCCGCCCAGGGCCGUGUCCCGAGGGCCACUUCCAGGUGACAGGGACAUCCCGCUGCCUGCCUUGCUUCUGCUUCGGUGUCACCACCUCCUGCCGCGCCACCGCCCGCCAUCGGCACCGCCUCCACCUGCGCUUCAACCGCCCCAAUGACUUCAAGGGUGUCAAUGUGACGGUGCCAGCAGCGCCGUCUGCGCCCGUGCUCUCGGCCACCCAGCUCCACAUAGAUGCAGGCGUUGAGGAAUUUCAGCUCCUGGAUUUGUCCCGCCGCUUCCUGGCACUUGACGCGUUCUGGGCACUGCCAGAGCCCUUCCUUGGGGACAAGGUGGAUGCCUACGGGGGAGCGCUGAGCUAUGGGGUGCGGUACCGUCUGGGCCGGGGGCCCCCUGAGCCCACUGCCCAUCCUGACCUGCUGCUGUGGGGCCAUGGGCGGCAGCUGCGGGCRCGUGCUGGUGACACCCAGCCAGAUGUCCUCAACCAGCGGCACGUGCCCCUCACUGAGGACCAUUGGGAGGACGAGCAGGGUGCCCCAGUGAGCCGGGAGCUGCUGCUGCUGGUGCUGCAGGGGCUGGAGGGCAUCUUCAUCCGGGCGGUGUACGAYGGGCGCAUGGCCAGCGUGGGGCUCAGUGACGUGGCCAUGGACAUCACCAGCACUGCGGACACCGGCCUGGGGCCAGCUGGUGACGUCGAGGAGUGCAGGUGCCCUGUGGGUUACAUGGGGCUGUCGUGCCAGCGCUGUGCCCCCCGUUUUGAACGGGUGACGAGGGGACCCUACCUGGGGACCUGCUCCGGUUGYGGCUGCCAUGGCCACUCCAGCACCUGUGACCCCGUUUUUGGGCACUGCCUGAACUGCCUGCACAACACAGAGGGUCCCCAGUGCGARAAGUGCAAACCUGGCUUCUUCGGCGAUGCCACCAAGGGCACAGCCACCGCCUGUCACCCUUGUCCCUGUCCCUACACUGAGCCAUCCCGCAGGUUCUCGGAGUCAUGCUUUUUGGACACAGAUGGCCAGGCCACCUGCGAUGCCUGUGCCCCUGGAUAUGCCGGCCGCCGCUGCGAGAGGUGUGCCCCAGGCUAUGAGGGAGACCCCAUCCAGCCAGGUGGCAAGUGCACCCCGAUCGGCCAGGAGCUCGUGAAGUGUGAUGCYCGCGGGGGCCAGAACGACGCAGGUGGCAUUUGUCGCUGCAAGCCCAAUGUCCGUGGCCGUCUCUGCGACUCGUGCGCCGCCGGCACCUUCCACCUGAGCGCGGCCAACCCCGCGGGCUGCCUGCCCUGCUUCUGCAUGGGACUGUCCCGCUCCUGUGCCAGCUCUGCCUGGCACCGCCACCAGGUGCUGCUCAGCUCUGAGGACUCGGCGCCGCAGCCCCUGGCCAACCUGUCAGGCACACGGCUGGCGGGGGCUGUGCCACACUUCGUGUCCCCACGGGAGCUGCGCUUCAAUGCCUUCUGGGAGCUGCCACGGGGGGUGUACUACUGGGUGCUGCCUGCAGCGUUUGCCGGGGACAAGGUGACAGCRUAUGGCGGGGAGCUGCGGUACACAGUGACACAGCAGGCCCCAGCAGGUGCUCCCCCAGCCCCCCGGCACCCUGAUGUCCUGCUCCAGGGUAAUGGCAUCCUCCUGGAGCACUUCUCCAGCGCCACUCCCCUGGCCGGUGUCCCCACCRCUGUCACUGUGCCCAUCCGUGAGGGCGCCUGGCGCCGCGCGGACGGGCGAGAUGCCACCCGYGAGCACCUCCUGAUGGCCCUGGCCGAUGUGGACCUGUUCAUGAUCCGGGCGUCCUACUCGGAGCAGCCAGAGGAGAGCAGACUGGCUGAUGUCACCCUGGAYGUGGCAGUGCCACAUGCCACUGGUCGCCCGCCCGCGCUGGAGGUGGAGGAUUGCGCCUGUCCCCCUGGGUACCGCGGGGCCUCGUGCCAGGACUGUGACACCGGCUACACCCGCAGCACUUCUGGGCUCUACCUGGGCACCUGUGAGCCGUGCCAGUGCCAUGGUCAUGCCAGCGAAUGCCACCCUGACACUGGCGUCUGCCAGGGCUGCCGAGAUCACACCGAGGGUCCCCAGUGUGACAAGUGUCAACCCGGCUACUACGGUGAUGCCACCCAGGGUACCCCAGGCGACUGCCGGCCCUGUCCCUGCCACGGACCCCAUGGGGACACCCAGCUGAAAAAGAUCUGCUUUGAGGAUACAGACGGGCAGCCCACAUGCAGUACCUGUGCCCCGGGACACAGUGGGCGCCUUUGUGAGAGGUGCUYGCCUGGGUAUGUGGGGGACCCGCUGCGGGGAGAGCCGUGCCGAGUGCCUGGUGUCCCCGGCGGGCAGUGCCAGUGUGACCCACGUGGCAGCAUCGGCGAGGGCUGUGAUGCCAACGGGCAGUGCCGCUGCAAGGCCAACGUGGAGGGUCCCUACUGUGCCACAUGCCGUCCCCAUCACUUCCACCUGAGCAGGGACGAGCUGGCUGGGUGCCUGCCUUGCUUCUGCAUGGGCAUUGUCCAGCACUGCACCAGCACCACCUACGCCCGUGGCACCAUCCGAACGUCCUUCACCCUGGGGGAUGCCCAGGGGUUCACCCUGGUGAACCGGCAGCGCAGCACCCGCGUGGGCAGCGGCUUUGGGGUGCAGCUGGGGCACUCCCAGCCCCACCUGACCUACGAGCGCUUCGGGGAGCUGCCCCCUGAUUCCUACUACUGGCAGCUGCCACCCCCCUACCAGGGGGACAAGGUGGGCUCCUAUGGUGGUCGGCUCCGCUACACCCUGACCUACACCCCAGGGGGACAGGGAGCCCCCUUGCCUGAUGCUGACGUCCAGAUCACGGGCAAUGACAUCACGCUGGUGGCCUACCAGCCCGACCUGCCCCCACGAACCCCACAGGCCUUCGAGAUCAUUUUUCGGGAGCAAUACUGGCAGCGUCCAGAUGGGCAGCCGGCGACACGAGAGCACCUGCUGAUGGCACUGGCAGAUCUGGAUGAGAUCCUCAUCCGAGCCACCUAYUCCACGAGCACAGCCGUGGCUGCCAUCGCCGAUGUGGCCAUGGACACGGCCGUGCCCGCCCAGCCCGGCCUGCCCCCGGCGCCUGAGGUGGAGGAAUGUCGCUGUCCCCCCGGGUACCACGGGCUGUCCUGCCAGGACUGUGCCCCCGGGUACACACGCACCGGCGGGGGGCUCUACCUGGGCCACUGUGAGCUGUGUGAGUGCAACGGCCACUCCGAGAGCUGCCACCCUGAGACCGGCGCCUGCUCCGGAUGCUUGCACAACACAGCAGGGGACUUCUGUGACCAGUGUGCCCCCGGCUUCUACGGGGAUGCGACCGCCGGGACUCCUGAGGACUGCCAGCCCUGCGCCUGUCCCCUCCCGUACCCCGAAAACCAGUUUUCCAAGACGUGUGAGAGUCUGGGAGGCAGUGGAUAUCGCUGCACUGCCUGUGAGCCUGGCUACACCGGGCAGUACUGUGAGCGCUGUGCUCCAGGUUAUGUGGGUGACCCCACAGUGCGGGGGCAGGGCUGUGUCCCCGCGGGGCCCCGGCYGGCGCUGGCUGUGAGCGUGCACCCCCUGCGCACGGCGGUGCCCCAGGGCAGCGCUGUCACUCUGCACUGCCAGGCUACCGGGGAGCCCCCGCUCUACUACCACUGGGUGCGGGAGGACGGGCGGCCCCUCCCCGAGGGCGCCCAGAGCCGCCGACAAGGCGAGGAGCUGCACUUCCCCAGCAUCCAGCCCUCCGAAGCCGGCGUCUAUGUCUGUUCCUGCCGCAACCUCCAGCACGCCAAUGCCAGUCGMGCUGAGGUCAUUGUCACCGAGACCCCUGACAAGCCCAUCACCGUCACCGUGGAGGAGAAGCGGGUACAGCGGGUGCAGCCUGGCGCCGACGUCACCUUCGUCUGCACCGCCAAGAGCAAGUCUCCUGCCUACACCCUGGUGUGGACACGGCAGAACCAUGGGACRCUGCCGGCAGGCGCCGUGGACUUCAACGGAAUCCUGACGCUGCGUGGGGUGCGGCCCCAGGACGCCGGAGUCUACGUCUGCACUGGCUCCAACAUGCUGGACAUGGACCAGGGCACUGCCACGCUCUAUGUCCAGACUGCCUCAAAGACUCAGAUGUUCUAUGGACCUGUUGAGUUCAUGGAGGGGCACAGACCGGCUGGCACCACCGCCGCCCCCACCGCCACCGUGGAGCCGGCGCAGCUGAGCGUGGCACCGGGGCAGCCAGCCGAGUUCCGCUGCGUCGUCACCGGCAGCCCCCAGCCCACCCUCGAGUGGCUCGGUGCACUGCCACCACAGGCUGUGGUUCAGGGUGGGACGCUGCGUUUCGGCGCUGUCGAGCCCGCCGAUGAGGGGCAGUACGAGUGCCGGGCACGGAGCAGUGCCGGGCAGCACACAGCACGCGCCUUCCUCCACGUGCAAGGUGCGGGCACCCCGCAGGUGCAGGUGAGCCCAGAGCGGGCGGAGGUGCAGGAGGGCUCCACGGUGCGGCUCUACUGCCGGGUCUCAGGAUCCCCCACUGCCACCAUCACCUGGGAGAAACAGGGCGGCGCCCUGCCACCACAGUCCCGCACUGAGCAAGGUGACAUCUCCACUCUGGUCAUCCCCGCUGUGUCGGCGGCCGAUGGUGGCAUCUACCUCUGCGUGGGCACCAGCGCCACUGGCAUGGCCCRUGCCACCAUCGAGGUGGCUGUGGUGCCAGGGACGGCGCUGCCUGUCCGCAUCGAGUCCUCAUCCCCAUCUGUCACUGAGGGACAGACCCUGGACCUGGACUGUGUGGUGGCAGGACCUGGCUCUGCCACUGUGGUGUGGUACAAGCGUGGGGGCUCCCUGCCUGCUGGUCACCAGGUGUCAGGGUCCCGACUCCGUGUCCCCCACAUCACGGCAGAUGAUUCAGGGGAAUACGUGUGUCGGGCGAGCCUGGGGACCACCGUCCGGGAGGCGUCCGUCAUUGUCACCGUCGUGGCCGCAUCCAGCUCAUCCUAUGGACCACCAGCUUCAGGUGUCCCUGUUCGGAUCGAGGCGUCCUCGUCCACUGUGGCCGAGGGACAGACCCUGGACCUCAACUGCAUCGUGGCYGGACAGGGACAGGCCACUGUCACCUGGUACAAGCGUGGGGGGUCCCUCCCAGCCAAGCACCAGGUGUCCGGCUCCCGGCUGCGGCUGCUGCAGGUGACAGCGGCUGACUCGGGCGAGUAYGUGUGCCGGGUGACCAGYGGGGCCACCACCAAGGAGAGCGCGGUCAUGGUGACCAUCCAGCCCAGCAGUGCCAGCGCCUAUUCUCCGGGCAACACGACUCCCCUGCGCAUUGACUCCCCAUCCUCGGCCAUUGUCGAGGGACAGACCCUGGACCUCAACUGUGUCAUUGCCAGCCCYRCRCAGGCCACUGUCACCUGGYAYAAGCGYGGGGGAGCCCUCCCAGCCAAGCACCAGGUGUUUGGCUCCCGGCUGCGGCUGCUGCAGGUGACAGCGGCCGACUCUGUUGGGGUCACCCCUCCAGUGCGCAUCGAGUCCUCAUCCUCGCCUGUGGCUGAGGGUCAGACCCUGGACCUCAACUGCAUCGUGGCCGGACAGGGACAGGCCACUGUCACCUGGUACAAGCGUGGAGGGUCCCUCCCAGCCAAGCACCAGGUGUCGGGCACGCGCCUGCGCAUCCCCCAGGUGACAGCAGCCGAUUCGGGGGAGUACGUGUGCCGGGUGACUUCGGGUAGUGUCACACAUGAGACGUCCCUCAUUGUCACUAUCCAGACUGGCGACAGCUCCUCUUACGCUGUCGGUGUCACACCACCAGUGAGGAUCGAGACCUCAUCUGCUGCUGUCACUGAGGGACAGACGCUGGACCUCAACUGCAUGGUGGCAGGACAGGGUCACCCUCAGGUCACCUGGUACCGGCGUGGGGGGGCUCUGCCACCAAACAGCCAGGUGUCAGGGACCCGCCUGCGCCUUGCCCAAGUGGCAGUGGCUGAUUCGGGGGAGUACGUGUGUCGGGUGACCUUGGGGACCGUCACCCAGGAGGCAUCUGUCAUUGUCACGGUGCCCAGCAGCACUGGCACCUAUUACACCCCUGGCAUCACCCAGCCCCUCCGCAUUGAGUCUUUGUCCUCGGCCAUCGCUGAGGGACAGACCCUGGACCUCAACUGCGUGGUGGCAGGGUCCGGCCCCACCACCGUGACGUGGUACAAGCGUGGUGGAUCCCUGCCCGUUGGCCACCAGGUGUCGGGCACCCGCCUGCGCAUCCCCCAGGUGACAGCAGCCGAUUCGGGGGAGUACGUGUGCCGGGUGACAUCAGGUGGCAUCACACAGGAGACGUCCCUCAUAGUCUCCAUCGAUGAUGGAGCCAUCCCAUCCCACUCUGCCGGCAUCACACCGCCCAUCCACAUAGAGUCCUCAGCGUCCACSGUCACCGAGGGACAGACUCUAGACCUCAACUGCGUGGUGGCUGGCCAGGGACAGGCCACCAUCACCUGGUACAAGCGUGGUGGGGCCUUACCAGCCAAGCACCAGAUUUCGGGGUCCCGGCUGCGGCUGUCACAGCUCUCAGUGGCCGACUCGGGGGAGUACGUGUGCCGGGCUGAUACGGGCAGYAUCUCCCGUGAGGCCACUGUCUCUGUCACCGUCACAUCUCGUGACAGCUCGAGCUACCGUCUGCAGAGCCCAAUCAUCUCCAUUGACCCCCAUAGCAUGGCAGUGGCGCCGGGUGAAGAUGCCACCUUCAAGUGCCGUGUCCACGAUGGCGCACGGCCCAUCAACAUCACUUGGCGGAUGGGGCCUGGCCAACACCUCCAAGACAAUGUGAAGAUCAGCACCAAUGGCUCAGUCAUCUCCAUCACUGGUGCCCACGUGGGCAACCAGGGCGCCUACCACUGUGUGGCCUCGAACCACUUCGGCGUUGCCAGUAGCGUUGUCAACCUCGUAGUGCAAGGUGCCCCCACAGUGUCAGUGAUGCCACCAGGCCCCGUGACAGUGAAAGAGGGCAAAUCCCUGAGCCUGGAGUGCCUGGGCCGGGGCGAACCACGACCGCUGGUGCGCUGGAGCCGGCUGGGCUCCCGGCAGAAGGUGGAGCACCAGACGCUGCUGCACAUGGACAGCCAGGCCAUCCUGCAGCUCUCGCCAGCCAAACCAGAGCAUGCCGGAACCUACGUGUGCACGGCACACAGCGCCCUGGGCUCRGCGCAGGCACGGGUGGACGUCAGCGUGGAGUCAGCACAGCGGCACCCCGGGGCCCCCGAGGUCACCGCCCCAUCUACUGUCACCGUGGUGGCCGGGGACACGGCCACACUGCACUGCACGGCCAGAGGUGACCCAGCGCCCCGGAUCGAGUGGUCCAAGCUGCGGGCGCCCCUGCCCUGGCAGCACCGUGUGGUGAAYGGCAGCCUGGUCAUCCCUCGCGUUGCGCAGCAGGACUCAGGCCAGUACAUCUGCAAUGCCAGCAGCCCUCUCGGCUCCACUGAAGUCUUCAUCACCCUCGAUGUGGAGACACCUCCGUACGCCACCAUCCUUCCAGAGGACGCGGCAGUGCGGGCGGGUGACGCGCUGCAGGUGCAGUGCCUGGCCCACGGCACCCCCCCGCUGCACUACACCUGGGACAAGGUGAACGGCAGCCUCUCAGCACGCGUGGCCCACCGCGCCGGCCUCCUCCGCCUCAGCCCUGCAGCCCCCACCGAUGCCGGCACCUACCGCUGCCUCGUCACCAACCGYGUUGGCACCGCCGAGGCCUUCGCCCGUCUGGUUGUUCAUGGUGAUGCUGGUGAAGGUGGGGACAUCUCUGGCGGUCCCUUGGUGGUGCGGGUGACACCAGGGAGCCUCGUCAAGGGGGUGGGUGGCACUGCCGAAUUUGCCUGCUCUGUCUCCGGGGACCCCCGYGCCCAUGUGGAGUGGCUGAAGGAAGGCGGGGAGCUGCCCCCCCGCCACAGCGUGCAGGACGGGAUGCUGCGGAUGCCGGAGCUGGCGCCAGGGGCACAGGGCGUGUACGUGUGCCGGGCCAGUGCGCCAGGCAGGCAGGCAGAGGACAAGGCCACCCUCACUGUCCAGGCUCUCCCCAGGGCCCUGAUCAACAUCCGGACGGCGGUGCAGACAGUGCUGGCGGGAACGACAGUGGAGCUGGAGUGUCUGGGCUUGGGGGAACCCCGUCCCCACGUCACCUGGAGCAAAGUGGGGGGCCGCAUCCGCCCCGGGGUGCUGGUCCGCGCUGGCACCCUCACCAUCGAGCAGGUGGAGCGGGCAGAUGCUGGGCAGUACCGCUGCACCGCCACCAAUGCCGUGGGCACCGUUCAGUCCCACGUCAUCCUCCAUGUGCAAGCUGCCCCUCAAAUCGCUGGGCAGCCGGAGGUGAAGGAGGUGUCCAUCGGAUCAGCAGCUGUUUUACCGUGCUUGGCAUCUGGCUUCCCACUGCCAGAGAUCACCUGGAGCAAGCUGGAGGGGGAGCUGCCAGCAGGUGCCAGGGUGCAGGGGAAUGUGCUGACCCUACCRGCCGUGCGCCCCGAGGACGCCGGCGUCUACACCUGCGUGGCUGCCAACCACCGCGGCCAACAGACGGCCUACUACGUUCUCAAGGUCCAAGAGCACGUGGUCCCCUAUUUCGGGCAGUCGCCCCGCUCCUUCCUCCCCCUGCCCACCAUCAAGGAUGCCUACAAGAGGUUUGAGAUCCUCAUCACCUUUCGACCUGAUGCUGCUGAUGGGCUUCUCCUCUACAAUGGCCAGCGGAAAAACAGCGGYGCUGACUUCAUCUCCUUUGGGUUGGUGGGUGGACGCCCUGAGUUUAGGUUUGAUGCUGGUUCGGGCAUGGCCACCAUCCGUCACCCCACGGCGCUGCGGCUGGGCGAGUACCACACUGUGCGGCUGCUCCGCAACCUCACCUGGGGCUCGCUGGGCCUGGACGGGCACCCCGCUGUGAAYGGCACCUCCCAGGGGAAGUUCCAAGGGCUGGAUCUGAACGAGGAGCUGUACUUGGGCGGAUACCCCGACAUCGGUGCUGUGGCAAAGACAGGGCUCAGCCAGGGUUUCAUGGGCUGCGUGCGCCAGCUCCUCAUCCAAGGGGAGGAGGUGGCCUUUGGGGACAUGGACUUGCAGGCGCAUGGUGUCACCAAUUGUCCCACCUGCCAGGACAGGCCGUGCCAGAAUGGUGGCGUGUGCCAGGAUGAUGAGAGUGGCACCUAUGUCUGCCGAUGUCCCCAUGGCUUCACUGGCAGCAACUGCGAGUACUCGCAGGCUUUGCACUGUCACCCAGAGGCGUGUGGGCCUGAUGCCACCUGUGUCAACCGGCUGGAUGGGCAGGGCUACAGCUGCCACUGCCACCUGGGCAAGACAGGGGACAGGUGCACUGAGGGUGAGGUGGUGAACGUGCCAUCCUUCGAUGAGGAGGGAGCCUUCGUCUCGUACCCGCCCCUCACCAACGUGCACCACGAGCUGCGGCUGGAGGUGGAGUUCCUGCCGCUCGCGCCCGACGGACUCCUGCUCUUCAGCGCCGGCAAAGCCGCCCCCGUCGAGGACUUCGUGGCCUUGGCCAUGRUUGGUGGCCACCUCGAGUUCCGCUAUGAGCUGGGCUCAGGCCCAGCAGUGCUGCGGAGCGCGGAGCCGGUGGCCCUGGGCCAGUGGCACUGGGUGAUAGCUGAACGGGUACACAAGGACGGGACUCUGGUGGUGGACAAUGCCGCUCCGGUGAAACGCUCCUCACCUGGCAAGAGCCAGGGRCUCAACCUACGCAGCCCCCUGUACCUGGGGGGCACCGAGCCYCCUCUGCAUCCCCCCACUAACGCCUCCUUCCGCGGCUGCAUUGGAGAGGUGUCCAUCAGCGGCAAGCGGCUGGAGUUGCGGGAGCGGUUCCUGCGCAGCCGGGGGGUGCRACCCUGCGGCCACCGCGCCCCGUGUCGGCCGGGGACCCGCGGCCYGCGCUGYGAGGAGGAGGAGGAAGAYGAGGAGGCCGAAGGCUGUCRCCCYUCCUGGCCCUGCUUGCACGGUGGCUCCUGUGUCCAUGGCUCCUGCCAGUGCCCCCCUGGUUACAGUGGAGCCCGCUGCCAGCACCGCUCGGCGCUGGCAGAGCUGGAGCAGGACUGGCAGGAGGGCAGYGGGGCUGGCGAUGCCCCUGGGCAGUUCAGUGCCACAUUCCAGGACGGAUCCUAUCUGGCCCUUCCCGGGCACCUCUUCCCUCGCGGCGCUCCAGAGGCUCCCGAGACCAUCGAGCUGGAGCUGCGGACGCACAGCGCGCAGGGGCUGCUGCUGUGGCACGGCGCGGAGCCCAGCGAGGGCGGCAAAGCCAAAGAUUUCCUCGGCCUCGGGUUGAWGGAUGGGCACCUGGUGUUCAGCUACCAGCUGGGCAGUGGCGAGGCCACCAUCACCUCUGAAGACCCCAUCAAUGAUGGCGAGUGGCACCGUGUGACGGUGACAAGGGAGGGCCGGCGUGGGCAGCUCCAGGUGGACGGAGAGGAGCCGGUGAGUGGGGAAUCACCUGGAUCCAACGUCAUGGCCAACACGGAGGGCAACGUCUACGUGGGCGGUGCCCCAGACCCCCACACCCUGACCGCCGGCAAGUUCAGCUCCGGCCUCUCGGGGUGCGUGCGGGGACUGGCGCUGGAGUCUGCYGGGAUCCCCCGACACCCCAUCGACCUCCGGCACGGCGCUGUGGGGGGCUCCCCCGUGCCCCCCUGCCCCUCCUAACACCCUUGGAAACGCAGUCUGGGGGGAAUUCAGCCAAUUUUAUUCUUUUCCAAAAAAAACCACAAGGGGGAAACGGUGCUUCGCUGCCCUGGGGUGACUCCGGGGGGGGGCCGGGACCCCCAAAAAUGUUUACACCCACCUCCCACUGGCUCCCCGAAACUGUGCCAGGGCGGCCGGGCCGCCUGGGUGCCCCGGGGGUGGUGGUGAUGUGGGGGCGCGAGGGACAAUCGGGGUGCUGGCAGGGACUCCCCACGGGGACAGCUAUUAAAGGAGAGAC